CGGCGCAGCUCUGCCGGAGCAAUGCGCCGCGCCCUGCUGCCUUUUUUAGAGGCGACAAGAUCGUUAUUUUAAUGAAACAAACGAUGUUUAAUGUAGCAACCAGACAGGUGGUGUGUUGUGAGUUAGCGGAGUCCACGGUCCGCCAGUCACUCAGUCAGUCCGACCGACAGUCAGUCAAUGCACGAUGAGUCUGAACGUCCCCGGACUAGUAGUGAUGGUGCUCUUCUACCUGAUGGUGCUGGCAACCGGCGUCUGGGCCUCCAUGAAGUCCAAGCGGGCGCAGAAGGACAGCCAGGCUGACCGGACAGAGAUGACUCUGCUGGGAAACAGAGGGAUUAGCCUGGUGGUGGGAGUCUUCUCCAUGACAGCUACAUUUGUUGGAGGAGGCUUCAUCAUUGGUCUGACAGAGGCGGUGUAUAUGCCAACUUUAGGACUAACCUGGGCUGUCAUGCCAGUAACAGCAGCCCUGUCUUUCAUUGUGGGUGGGCUUUUCUUCGCCAAGAAGAUGAGAGACAGAAAAUAUGUGACAAUGAUGGACCCGUUCCAGAUCAAGUAUGGAAACUUUGUCAGUGGAGUUCUAUCUGUGGCACUGCUGAUAUCUGAUAUAAUAUGGGUAACAGGAACUCUUAUUGGCUUAGGUGCAACUAUGAGUGUGAUCCUGGAUAUGUCCUAUCCUCUUUGCAUUUGGAUCUCUGCAGCAGUAGCCAUCAUCUACACACUGUUGGGGGGUCUCUACUCUGUGGCCUACACAGACAUAAUACAGCUAACUCUCAUAUUCUUCAGUUUGUGGCUCUCUGUCCCUUUCAUCUUGAUGAACCCCUAUUCGGUUGAUAUCACCAAGACCGCUUUCAACUUUACCUAUCAGGCACCCUGGAUGGGCACAGUGGAAAAAGAAAGAGCGUGGAGGUGGAUUGAUAAUUUCUUAAUAUUGGCUUUAGGUAACUUGGGGUAUCAGGACUUCCACCAGAGGACGCUGUCAGCUUCCUCAUCAGCCACAGCCAGGAUCACCUGCUUCAUUGCAGCACCCCUCAUCUUCAUACUUGGAAUCCCUUCUGUGUUGAUUGGAGCAGUCGCGGCAUCAACAAACUGGAACAUGACCUUAUAUGGCUCCCAGUCCCCAUACGAGCGAGGAGAGGCCGGUCAGGUUCUGCCCAUUGCUCUGCAGCACCUCACUCCAAACUACAUCUCCAUUAUUGGUAUUGGAGCUAUAGCUGCCGCCGUGAUGUCAUCAACAGACUCAGCUUUAUUGUCAGCUGCUUCCAUCUUCACGUCCAACAUCUAUAAGAACAUCCUGAGAACCAAGGCAUCAGAUAAGGAGCUUCUGUGGGUGAUCCGUGUCACUGUGGUGCUGGUGGGUUUGGCUGGCACAUCGCUCACCUUCCUACACAACAGCAUCAUGGUUUUCUGGAUCCUGGGCUCAGGCAUAACUUACGCCAUCAUGUUCCCUCAACUCAUCUGCGUCCUCUUCUUGAACAUCUCCAAUGGCUACGGCUCCAUCAUGGGCUUACUAGUUGGGGUAUUGUUGAGAGUGCUGAGUGGUGAGCCUUCUAUUGGGUUGCCAGUUGUUCUUCACUUCCCAGGUUGCACUCUUGAAGAUGGCGUGUAUAUCCAGCACGCUCCUGUUAUGACUAUCUGCAUGUUGUCCACCAUCUUUGCCACUUUGUUAUUCUCCUACCUGGCUUCACUGCUCUUCAACAAAGGACUCAUUUCUGAGAGAUGGGAUAUAUUCAAAGUGAAAACCCACAAACUGCCACCAAAACUAACGUUAAUGAGCAAUCGCACCACCAAAGCAGAUGAGGACAAACCUGAAGGUCAAAAUGAGACUGAAUUAAUGUUGACUACAAAUCAGCAGGACUGAAAGAGAAAUGAUUGAAAAUGUGUGAGAGAGUGCAAACAUUUUUGUUUGGGCCUAUGUAACCGUGUUUCUAUUUUUAUACCAAAUACUUAAUCUUUGUGAAAUUAUAAUCUUGGCCACAGGAUGGUGUAUGAAUUCAUCACUUGCAACAAGUGCAUGUGUUAGUGAAUUUGUAAUAAUUACAUUAGUGGGGGUUUUUUGUUUUGGUUUUUUUUCAAUUUUUUUUUCAAAUUCAAAUUUUUUGUGGGGUUUGAUUAACAAAGCCUGUUGACUUUUGUUAAGGGGACAACACAAUAAUGUCAUUUAAUGGUAAAGUAUCAAACAAUAAAUAAAAACCCAUAUAAAC